AUGACAGAGAAACUGAUGGUGUUGCUGCGGGAUGGGAGGACUUUGAUUGGAUACCUUCGCUGCGUGGAUCAAUUCGCCAACUUAGUUUUGCACAAGACGAUAGAAAGGAUUCAUGUCGGCAGAGAAUACGGCGACAUUCCCCGAGGCAUAUUUAUUGUACGAGGCGAAAAUGUAGUACUCCUUGGUGAAAUCGACAAGGACAAAGAAGACAAUUUACCAUUAACAGAAGUAUCAGUUGAUGAUAUUCUGGACGCACAAAGACGAGAACAAGAUGGAAAGAUUGAGCAACAGAAGUUACUUUCAAAAGCUUUGAAAGAAAGAGGACUCAAUUUGUUAGCUGAAAUGGGACACGAUGAUAUGUUUUAA